GCAGUUGAUAAGAACUGGAAGGAUUACGUUUUUUAAAUAAAAGCAUAUAUUUACAAAUAUGUUUAGCUUUCUGGCACUAGUUUAUUUCAACAAAAGUGUUUUCCAGAGGAGUGCCCCUUUAAUGGGUUUUGUUGAAGGUGGGGCUUGCUGUGUGUGGGGUUUGUUGGAGGUGGGACUUGCUAUGGGUGGGGCAUGUCUGAGGUAGGGUUUGCUGUCUAUGGGGUUUGUCAGGACGUGGCACAUGAGAAUACACAUUAUUUUGCAUAUAUUCCCUGUAUAUUGUCUUCUCUAUAAAGGUCUUACAGUAAGGAGGUGAUCUCAAACCCCAAUAACUUUUACAGUAUUAUUAAAGCAUAGACAAUCAUUUUACUCCAGACGCCACAAUACGAGCUCCAGCUAUACAUUUAGAGAAGGUCGUCACCUCAGAGCUGUCAUAGGGAUGUUACAGACUAUGGGGUCAUGUAUUAUCAGGGAGGUUCUGGUGCUCCAUGUUUUUACGUAUGUCACAUCUGGUUGGUAAGUAUAAUGGUAUGUGCGCAUUUUAAUACAUAAAGACCAAUGUUAGGAUGAGACUUUAGGUUGCGCAGCUAUACUAUAGGUUUCUCUUAUUUACUACUAAUAAAUACUGACUGUUACUUUAGGAAUCUCUAUCUGCAAAUAACAACCUGGCUCUAUAGAUGUGAUCACAACUUAAUAUACAGCAGAUAGAAUAUGUGACUAUGACAAGUGUCCAUGAACAGGUUAAUAUUGAAUGAUCUUUGCUGAUCAGCCCUGCCCUGUGGUGACAAGUAUAAACCCGCCCUCUGGUUUCUGAGUGGAGAGAAUUGUAGUUUCGUUUCUCUCUUCCUCUGUCGGCCAUGGCGUCUUCUGCUCUGAGAGACGAGCUGGACUGUUCCAUCUGUCUGAUCACUUAUACAGAUCCUGUAAUGCUGAGAUGUGGACACAACUUCUGCCGGGUCUGUAUUGAUCGUGCGCUGGAUACACAGGACCAGUCUGGACUUUAUUCCUGUCCUGAAUGUAGAGAAGAGUUUCAGGAGCGGCCGACACUGAUGAGGAACAUCGCUCUGAAGAAAAUAAUGGAGAACUUCCUGGUUACUGAUCCAACACCGACAGAACCCGGGAUCUUCUGCACUUACUGUGUGGACUCUCCUGUCCCUGCUGUGAAGUCCUGUCUGCACUGUGAGGCUUCUCUGUGUGAUAAACAUCUGAGAACUCACAACAAGUCACCAGAACACGUCUUAUCUGAGCCCAGAACUUCUCUGGAGAACAGGAAAUGUUCUGUCCAUAAGAAGGUCCUGGAAUAUUACUGCACUGAGGACGCUGCUUGUAUCUGUGUGUCCUGCAGUUUGGCCGGAGAACAUCGUGGACACCAGGUGGAGAUGAUGGAUGAGGCCUCUGAGAAGAAGAAGAAGAAACUGAGAAAUGUUCUCCAGAAACUGAUCACAAAGAGAGAGAAGACUGAGGAAAGAGUCCGGAGUCUGGAGGAACGCAGGAGAAAAGCUCAAGAGAAAUCAUCUGGAGAAGCGGAGAGAGUCACUGCCCUGUUUAUAGACAUGAGGAGACGGCUGGACGACCUGGAGAAGAAGGUCCUGAGUGAGAUCUCCAGGCAGGAGAAGGAAGAGUCACUGUCACUGUCUGCUCUGAUCCAUCAGCUGGAAAUAAAGAAGGACGAGCUGUCCAGGAAGAUGAGACACAUUGAGGAGCUGUGUAACAUGGCGGAUCCACUGACUGUCUUACAGGAACCAGACACAGGUGACUUGUGUGAUCCUGAGGAGGGGGGAGGGGAUGAGGACACAGGGGGACAUGAUAAGACACAUGAUGUAGAUGAUCUGGAUGUGACUGUGAUCUCAGACACAUUCCGCACAUUAUGUGACAUAAUAUCAGGUAUAAGGAUCUAUGGGGAGGAUCCUGCAGACAUAUUACUGGAUGUAAACACGGCUCAGAAUAAUCUCCUUAUAUCAGACGACCUGAAAACUGCAACAUGGACAAAAAUAACACAGAAUCGUCCAGAAACAGCAGAGAGAUUCCAGAAUCAUCAUCAGGUGAUGAGCAGAAGGAGAUUUACCUCAGGACGACAUUACUGGGAUGUGGAGAUCAGUAGAUCAGGAUGGUGGAGGAGGGUGGGGAUGUGUUAUCCCAGUAUAGACAGGAGGGGAGAUCAGUCAUGGAUUGGAGAUAAUAACAAGUCCUGGUGUUUGAGGAGGUAUAAUAAUGAUAAUAAUGAUGAGUAUUAUGUGAUACAUGACAGUGAAGAGAUCCAGUUACCUCACCAGAUCUCCAGUAAUAGAUUCAGGAUCUGUCUGGAUUAUGGGGCCGGGCAGCUGUCCUUUUAUGAGCUGUGUGACCCCAUCAGACACUUACACACCUUCACCACCACCUUCACCGAGCCCCUUCAUGCUGCAUUAUAUGUAUGGGAAGGUUCUAUCAAGAUAUUAGGGGGAGGCAGAAACUGGAAGAAACCAUCAUAAUAUAAUAAACUGCUGAGAGAAACUGACAUCCUGAUUGGUGGAUUAUUUAGCCAAUGGGAUGAAUGAGGAGGCGGGGCUACAGGGGAUGAUUCCUACAUGGCAGCCGUCCCUAUGACUAGAUCACAUGGUCUCAUUGAUUGACACAUUUCUACAUAUUGGGGUAAUCAGGUGUUUAGAGGAUUAUUUCUGCCUUAAUGAUAUUAAAGGGGAUUUCACAGGGUAAUAUUGUCUAAGACCAAAGGGUAGAAAUUCAUAUCCCCCAUACUCAUAGUGCCCCCUCUAAAGCUUCUACAGUAACCAGUGCUGUACAUAUAGUGCCGCCAUAAUGUGUCCUCUAUUCUGUAUAUAGCACCAUAAUAAUGUCUCCCAAAGUGCCCAUAUAAUUGUGUUAUAGAUAUAUAUAUAUAUAUAGUGCCGCCAUAUUGUGUCCUCUAUUCUGUAUAUAGCAACAUAAUAAUGUCUCCCAAAGUGCCCCAUAUAAUUGUGUUAUAUAUAUAUAUAUAUAUAUAGUGCCGCCAUAAUGUGUCCUCUAUUCUGUAUAUAGCCCCAUAAUAAUGUCUCCCAAAGUGCCCAUAUAAUUGUGUUACAGAUAUAUAUAUAUAUAAUGCCGCCAUAAUGUGUCCUCUAUUCUGUACAUAGCAACAUAAUAAUGUCUCCCAAAGUGCCCAUAUAAUUGUGUUAUAGAUAUAUAUAUAUAUAUAGUGCCGCCAUAAUGUGUCCUCUAUUCUGUAUAUAGCACCAUAAUAAUGUCUCCCAAAGUGCCCCAUAUAAUUGUGUUAUAUAUAUAUAUAUAUAGUGCCGCCAUAAUGUGUCCUCUAUUCUGUACAUAGCAACAUAAUAAUGUCUCCCAAAGUGCCCAUAUAAUUGUGUUAUAUAUAUAUAUAUAUAUAGUGCCGCCAUAAUGUGUCCUCUAUUCUGUAUAGAGUACCAUAAUAAUGUCUCCCAAAGUGCCCAUAUAAUUGUCUUAUAUAUAUAUAUAUAGUGCCGCCAUAAUGUUUACUCUAUUAUGUACAUAGCACCAUAAUAAUGUCUUCCAAAGUGCCCAUAUAAUUGUCUUAUAGAUAUAGGAUCAGCUUAAGGGGUAAAUAUAAAAUGAUUGAUUUUCUUGUCUAUUUUUUGUGUCGUGAUCAGUAGUUUUAAUUGCUACCAUUUUGAUAUACUCGAGUAUAAGCAGAGUUUUUCAGCACGAUUUUUCGUGCUGAAAACACCCCCCUCGUCUUAUACUCUCAGUGGUCUUCAACCUGCGGA